GACCCCUGCUACUACGUGGUGUAGGUGUGGGGUUUGCAACUGCUAUUUCUUUGUGCUGGGAGCUGUGACUGUGACCAAUAUUGACAAAAGACCUGUUCAGAAGAAGCUAUGGAGGCUGGAGGAUGGCGAUGCCCAAGACAAAGGCAAGUCCUGUUUCUCUUUCUGUUUUGGAGAGUAUCCUUGGCAAGAUCUGGGUUUGGACGAUAUUCGGUGACAGAGGAAACAGAGAGAGGAUCCUUUGUGGUCAAUCUGGCAACAGACCUGGGACUAGGGGACCGGGAGCUGGUUGCUAGGGGAGCCCGGGUGGUUUUUGAUGAUAACAAACAACAUUUGCUCCUGGAUUCUCAUACUGGGGAUUUGCUCACAAAUGAGAAACUGGAUCGGGAGAAGCUGUGUGGCUCCAUGGAGCCCUGUGUGCUGUAUUUCCAAAUUUUAAUGGAUAGCCCCUUUCAGAUUUACCGGGCUGAGCUGAGGGUCAGGGACAUAAAUGAUCAUUCACCAGUGUUUCAGGACAAAGAAACAGUCUUAAAAAUAGCAGAAAAUACAGCUGAAGGGACAACAUUUAGACUAGAAAGAGCGCAGGAUUCAGAUGGAGGACCUAAUGGUAUCCAAAACUACACCAUCAACCCCAACCCUUUUUUCCAUAUUAAAAUUAAUGACAGUGAUGGAGACAUGAUAUAUCCAGAGCUAGUUUUGGACAAGGCACUGGAUAGGGAAAAGCAGCAAGAGCUCAGUUUAACACUGACUGCACUUGAUGGUGGGUCUCCACCCAGGUCUGGGACCUGCACCAUACGCGUUGUGAUCCUGGAUGUCAAUGACAAUGCCCCACAGUUUUCUCAGGCAAUUUACCAGUUCCAGGUUCCAGAGAACAGCCUGGUAGGUUCCCUUAUUGCUAAAGUCUCUGCAGCGGAUAUAGACUCUGGAGUUUAUGCAGACAUAUCCUAUUCAUUUUUUGAUGCUUCUGAAGAUAUUCGAACAACGUUUCAAAUCAAUCCUUUUUCUGGGGAAAUCAUCCUCAGAGUGUUGCUUGAUUAUGAGCUAGUAAAGUCUUACAACAUCAACAUCCAGGCAACCGAUGGUGGGAGCCUUUCAGCAAGAUGUAUGGUUUUGGUUGAUGUAUUAGACACUAAUGAUAAUCCCCCUGAACUGAUCAUGUCAUCACUUUCUAACCACGUUCCUGAAAACUCUCCUGAGACAAUACUGGCUGUUUUUAGGAUAAAGGACAGAGAUUCUGGAGAAAAUGGAAAAAUGGCUUGCUACAUUCAAGAUAAUCUGCCAUUCCUCCUGAGACCCUCUGUCGAGAAUUUUUACAUUCUAAUGACAGAAGGAGCACUGGACAGAGAAAGCCAAGCAGAAUACAACAUCACCAUCACCGUCAGUGACAUGGGAACCCCCAGGCUGAAAACCCAGCACAACAUCACCGUGCAGGUCUCCGACGUCAACGACAACGCCCCCGCCUUCACCCAGACCGCCUACACCCUCUUCGUCCGCGAGAACAACAGCCCCGCCCUGCACAUAGGCAGCGUCAGCGCCUCGGACAGAGACGCGGGCGCCAACGCCCAGGUCGCCUACUCGCUGCUGCCGCCCCGCGACCCCAGCCUGCCCCUGGCCUCGCUCGUGUCCAUCAACGCGGACAACGGGCAGCUGUUCGCCCUGAGGGCGCUGGACUACGAGGCCCUGCAGGCGUUCGAGUUCGGCGUGGGCGCCACGGACCGCGGGUCGCCGGCGCUGAGCAGCCAGGCGCUGGUGCGCGUGCAGGUGCUGGACGCCAACGACAACGCGCCCUUCGUGCUGUACCCGCUGCAGAACGGCUCCGCGCCCUGCACCGAGCUGGUGCCCCGCGCGGCCGAGCCGGGCUACGUGGUGAGCAAGGUGGUGGCGGUGGACGGCGACUCGGGCCAGAACGCCUGGCUGUCGUACCAGCUGCUCAAGGCCACGGAGCCCGGGCUGUUCGGCGUGUGGGCGCACAACGGCGAGGUGCGCACGGCGCGGCCGCUGGGCGAGCGCGACGCGGCCCGGCACCGGCUGCUCGUGCUGGUCAAGGACAACGGCGAGCCGCCGCUGUCGGCCAGCGUCACGCUGCACGUGCUGCUGGUGGACGGCUUCUCGCAGCCCUUCCUGCCGCUGCCCGAGGCGGCGGCCGACGCGGCGCGGGCCGACCCGCUCACCGUCUACCUGGUCGUGGCGCUGGCGUCGGUGUCGUCGCUCUUCCUGUUCUCGGUGCUGGCGUUCGUGGCGGUGCGGCUGUGCAGGAGGAGCAGGGCCGGCUUGGCGGGUGGCUGCUCGGUUCCCGAGGCCCGCUUUCCGGGCCACCUGGUGGACGUCAGCGGCACGGGGACCCUGUCCCAGAGCUACCAGUAUGAGGUGUGUCUGACCGGAGGCUCAGGGACCACCAGCGAGUUCAAGUUCCUGAAGUCUGUUGCCUCCAAGCACCCGGGAUCUAUGAAUGGUGUGGAGGAAAACCCAAAUUUUGUAAACCGUUUUGGAUUCAGUUAGGGAUUUGUUAAUUUUUCAGCGCAUUCAAGA